CUUACGUCGUCCACCUCUUCUCGGCUGAAACAUGGACUGCAUCGAACUCAACAUACACCAGCGAAUUCUCUCCGACAUUGCCUUGGGCGUUAGUGAAACAGAGGACGACUAUCGCUAUGGCGGGACCCUCAUUGCUUCAAAAGUCCAGACCAGGAUUGCCGGAAAGAAACCCGACCAUGUUCCCAAUGGGUACUCCAAGCCAAAUAGUAAGGUGGAUGCCGAAACUACUGACAGGGUGUUCAUGCCUGCUUCCAGAGUCCACUGCAACAUCGCCUUUGGAGAACUCGUUUUCAAUUUUCCCGAAUCGCACAUUUCCGAGAGAAUAGGGACCAUAAUGCCAGUGCUCAUCGACGUUCUUCGAGAUGUACCCUACAUUGAUUUUGAUCGCUGUCUUUCGUGGGAAGACUGGUCACUUCCUGAUCAACUGGUGUUUUCAACGGUCUCUGCGCUACUGCGAGUGUCGGGAUUGCAUCCACAGUACAGCGAUUCAGCAACCGGCGCUAUUAUUGCGUUCAUUUCAGAUAUUCAAACAAAGAUAUCAACUACUGCUCCUCUGGAUGUCCUCACUCAGCUAGCCCCAGCUUUACAUGGCCUUUACCGCGCAAUUAGCUCUACGUCAUUCGCCUGGAGUACUUCACAAUGGCAACAGUUGAGAGAAGCCCUCGGUAGCUUAUGCUUUGUGGACAAUAUCGACCGUUUGAAUCGACUUAUCGGGGACAUUGUCAAUGAAGAUGUACCCGACGUCGAUACUCGACACUUCAUCGAGACAUUUUUAGCUCGCUACCUCUCUCGUGGACGUCCUCUCAGUGGAUACUUCAUAGUCUGCUGCGUACUAGAGACUUCUUGGACCGUAUUGGCUCAGGCCCAAGCUCCGCCGCAAACUGGCCCCAUCGGUAACUCCACAGAAGCAGUGGCAGCGAAUAAGGCUUGGAAUUCAUUAAUGAAGCGGACAGCCAUCGAGUUGGACAUCACUGAGGAAGCUACAAUCGCCACUCUGAAGUCAACGAUCCAGUAUGCAAUGCAGUGCUUUAAUGAUUUACUGGUCCAAAUUGAGGAUAUGGAUACUGACCCUCCGCCUGAUACAUAUGCAUGGGAAACCAUGUCGGAAAGCUUGAAAUUGGCUUCUGUCUGCUCCGUGGCUCUUCAAGAACUCGACGAAGAGUUGUAUUCGCGACUUCUCCUACUACUCAGUGAAGAGUCGCCUAUCUUUGACAACCUCGUUCAAGAGGCCGCAUUAAAAGCGACAACUGUUCUGGUUCAGAACUUCCCUAAAAUUGCUGCCCGAAUGGCGGCUCAUUUGCGACGCUUUGUUACUGCUCCCUUGUCAAUAUUUCAAUUCGAAUUUGCUUCCGAGACCAGAGCUCCGCCUCCUUUGGCAGCUGCAGCAAAGUGCCUUGCUCAGUGUAUCAAAUUGGCCCCUGGUGACGAUCUUAUCAUGUCGAACAUGUAUUCCCUCUUGAAUUACAUAGCUGCAACGAGCAAGGAAAUAUACGAAAGCUCCAGUAGUUAUCAGAUAUUCAGUAACCCUCUUUACUCGGGGCAAGAUCAGGGCACGCUACAAUCCGUCGAAACUGGACUUCACGCGCUAUCGGAAGAUGAGAAGAGGGUUGUGGGUAUCAGUACAAUAUCUGUUGUGAGCCGAUUGGCGCUCGAGUUCCGUAUGGAGGAGGUUACACGUCUUACCAUUUCGAUGCUUUUGCAGCGCCUUCGAUCAGCAGAACCAACUAUGGAGGCAGCAAUCGCCUAUAAUCUUGUUGACUUGGCUCUGUUUGCUCCUGAGACCGCAUUCGUGGAUAUCAUACGUGUCUUUUCUACGAUCAAUCGUUCUGCCAAUCCGGACGACCCUAGGUUUUCGAACAACAUGGUGCUUGCUGCACAAACCAGGCUGGCUCAGGAGUUGCAUCGUCGUCCCGAACUAUACGAUAUUUACUUGGUGGAAUUACUGACCCUUUUCGCUGAUAAGGGUGUCGCUAUCCAGAACGUGAAGAUUGCGAAUCAUCACAUUAAGACCGAUGAUAUGAUUGAGCAGCUAGCGUCUUUGUUAUUGCCUAUCGAUGCCCUUCUGUCUCAUGGUGACUUCAAUCCUCACGUCGACGCGUCUUCGGCAGUUGUCGCCCUAUUCCGAAACAUGUGGUUCCUUUGCAUCCUGUUCCACUUUACAUCCGACGACGCCAUGGAUUCGAAUGCCAUGGCAUGGCAAAGGCCUGCAAUGGCUCGCAUUGCCAUCAAGACUCCUGCUACGGUAGUCGAAGAAUCUCAAGAUGCUGUGGUUAGUGAUGUCGAGUACAACUCAGUGAUCCGUCAGGAGUAUGCACAUACGGUAAUUCUCAAGCACAAGUCAUCUCUUACUAGACAUAUACCGCUCCGAACUAGUGAUAUACGGUCGCUAUCGUCGGGGCAGAUCGUUUUCUUGUUGACAAUGCAUGAUAUGGAGACUAUGCGCUCUGCGGCAGGAUUGCCAUCAUCCCUUGCCACCUACUUUGUCAAUGACAGCCUUAAUCGGCAUCUAGGACUCAGCUCGUGCAUGGACUCUAUCGCAGAGAAGGUCAUUCGAGGUUGUAUCAACGAUUUAAACACCCAAGCAGCUCAGCAGGCCCUUCCCGAGACAUUAUCAUCUGAGCUACGGGCUUUACUCCUAUGCAGCACUCAUCCAGUGGCCAGGGCAAGAGAUAUCGCAUUCAAGUUUCUCAAUCGGCUCAUAUCAUCUUUUCCGUCCCUUAUGUGCGAUCCCCCCCUCGUAUUUGCGAUUCUGGAGGUACUCACACUAUUGCACCGGUCUUGCGAGAACGAGUUCACCGACGAGUAUAACCCGGUAUACGAAUACACUUCUACACGUGCAGGGAUCACUCUUGAACUCACGGAUAGCUAUCAAGUCCGAAACGAAAUAUUAGCACAGCUACACAGGAAUGCUAAUAAUUGGUUCGAGUUGGCGCUUGGGCGCGCCCCAGUCGAGCUCCAAUCAACAUUACAAAAAUAUCUAGCAGUACACCAAUCAACUUCUGGAAUAGAUGGGGCCGAACUUGGGGCUUCUGUUGCUGAACAAUUUGGGAAAGCAAUUGGUCCAGUGCAACGCCAACUGAUUUCGCUUUCAGCGCUUUCGAACAGAACUUUGGAUAAAGCCAAUAUAUUAGCGAGCCAAAUCGCGAGCAAAGGCUACUUUGCAGGCGAGGCGGCUGGCAUCCGAUUGGCGAGUCGAUCAGGUGCCGACAGGUUGGAAAAACUGCCUCCACAGUCGGCUCCAUCCGGUGAAGUACUCGCUCUCAAAGAGAAACUGGCGCAUUCCAUGAAGGAAAUACGAUGCAAAACAAGUACUUUGACGGUCCAAGAUUUGAAGCGCCUGUUGUUCCGAUGCGCUGCCAUGAUCAUUUCCCUUUCAAACUGCGAUUACGAGUUGCUUCAUUAUUUGGUUGCCCUUCCGUUUGAAGUUGCCACACCGGCUGCCAUUUCCACCGGCAUUGAAGUCUGGACGUGGGUUAUCGCUGAAAAGAACGACAUCGAGGUUGCUCUCAUGAACGAAGUUUUAUCUGCUUGGUCUUACACAAUUCGACAAGAAAGGGGUAUAUUUUCAGCGGUUUUGAACUAUGCGGAUCCCUUCUAUCAGCCUGUCAAUUAUAGCCCCACUGAGAAGGGAGAAAUCGAUCGCGGGAUGUUAAAUGCUCGACGGUUGCUUAUGCCUCAUGCGUUGGUCCUACAAAUGCUUUUCAGUCGUUUGCAAGCUGCUAGAUACCGUCGGCCUGGGGUUAUGUUUUUGAUUCAACAUCUUGUCUUACUGUCAGCGAGAGCACACAAAACCUUGAGCACCCAUGCAUUGGCGCGAGAGGCUCGGUUUUCUUUUCUUCUUUUCGGAUUCGAAACACUCAAGAGCUCUCAUCUGGAUUCAUUUUGUGAAAGUGAAAUGCGUGAGAGCUUGUAUUCUGCUGCCUAUUCAUGGUUCGCAGUGCGACCCCAAUGGACGUACGGUGCUAAUCGGGUACAAAUCGAUGCCGAUGUCAAGGUGCUCUCUGAGUUCUUGUCGUAUCUUCAAACAGAUUCUGUUCGAGCAUCUGCUGUCAUCUCGAGUCUGUCACCAGCCCAGACGCCAUCUCGAAGUACAUUCUAUACUAACAGGCUUCAUACAAUUAAUCAGCCCCUGAAGCUCCUGGUCGAAAGCGAGAUCUAUAGACUCCACGUCUGGGCUAAUCCUGCCAACGACCCUCGUAGGGGUGCCGACCAUAUAAUCUCCUCCGAACGAACUUUAUUGGAUAAUGCAUGGGUUCAAAUCCUUCGGACGACAUGGAGGAUCGACCCUGCUAUUCCUGUGUAUAUGACCGAACGUUUCAAGCUUCCUAUUCUUCGCAGCGAAGUUGGAAAACUGGUCAAGUCAAACACCAUCGAAGUUCUUGACAUACCAGAAGCUCUACAUUUCCUUGUAGAAAAUAGAGUGGAUCCCGCUGUUCGCCGAGAUCUCAGGUACCUUUUGCUAUGGGCACCUGUCCCUCCGGUGAUUGCCAACACGUUCUUUGAGCGCCGAUAUAACAGUGAUCCAAUGGUUUUGCAAUACGCACACCGGGUUUUGGAGCAACAUCCUGUAGAGAUUACGUUCUUUUUCGUCCCUCAAGUAGUUCAGGCACUUCGCUAUGAUGACCUAGGAUACGUUGCACGAUUCAUAUUUGAGACUGCAAAAAUUUCUCAGCUCUUUUGUCAUCAAAUCAUCUGGAACAUGAAGGCCAAUUGCUUUAAGGAUGAUGCCGGCGAAGUGGCGGACCCUUUGAAGCCUAGUCUCGAUUCUAUGACAAAUCUCGUCGUUGGGUCUUUGUCUGGCGAAGCUCGGGAAUUCUACGACCGUGAAUUUGGUUUCUUCCAUGAGGUGACGUCGAUAUCUGGGAAACUCAAACCCUUCAUCAAGAAAACCAAGCCUGAAAAGAAGGCCAAAAUCGACGAGGAGAUGGCUAAGAUUGUCGUUGCUGUCGGAGUAUACUUGCCUAGUAAUCCUGAUGGGAAAGUGGUUGAUGUCGACAAGAAAUCUGGACGACCUCUGCAGAGUCACGCUAAGGCGCCAUUUAUGGCCACUUUUAAAGUCAGAAAGGAAAGGGUAACGGUCAACACUGAUCCCGACUCACUUCUCGAUGGCGAGGGUGGAGGUAUUGAAAUUCGCACUGAGUACGAUGUAUGGCAACAAGCCAUCUUCAAAGUCGGAGAUGAUUGUCGUCAAGACGUUCUUGCGUUACAGAUCAUCGCCAUGUUCAAAAACAUAUUCACUAGCGUUGGGUUGACUCUGUAUCUAUACCCUUAUCGGGUGACUGCUACCGCACCCGGAUGUGGCGUCAUUGACGUCGUGCCUAAUGCGACCUCUCGGGAUGAGAUGGGCCGUGCAAAAGUUAAUGACCUGCUUGACUUUUUCGUUGCCAAGUAUGGCGGACAAGACACGAUACCGUUCCAGAAAGCGCGUAUGAACUUCAUACAGUCCAUGGCUGCGUAUUCUGUUGCAUGCUAUAUCUUGCAAAUCAAGGAUCGGCACAAUGGCAACAUUAUGAUUGACGGGGAAGGUCAUAUCGUGCAUAUUGAUUUCGGGUUCCUGUUCGACAUAGGUCCAGGAGGUGUCAAAUUCGAGCCGCACUCGUUCAAACUCAAUCAUGAGAUGGUCGUUCUCAUGGGCGGAAGAUACUCGCAAGGGUAUCAACUCUUCCAGCACCUCACCAUCAAGGCAUUCCUCGCCAUUCGACCACAUGCCGAGCAGCUCAUAAGCACUGUCCAGCUUAUGCUCGAUACGGGCUUCCCGUCGUUCAAAGGCGAGGGCACGAUCAAGCGUCUGCGUGAUAGGUUUGCGUUGACGCUGAAUGAGCGCCAGGCUGCGGAGCAUAUGAUGGCUGUGGUGAGAAAUGCGCAUGAGAAUGUGAGGAGUACGGCGUAUGAUGAGUUCCAGAGGCUUCAAAACGGCAUUCCUUACAAGUAAUAGAUAUGAUCAGCAUGGGGACUUUUCUUUUGUUUGGACUUUGGGAUUACUACAAUACCUAUACCUUUCUUCAUACUCGUGCUCAAUAUCAACGCAUUUAGUCACGGGCCUUCGGCGCCUCCAGUAAUAAUACAUACAAGAUACAACCUGAAACGAUAAUUUAGCUAGGCUGAAUACGGCCAACACUGU